CUGGCCUCCGCUUCGCUUUCCUUCCCUUCCCUGCCGGCUGCCGCCGCUGCUAUUUAUCCCUCCCACUCUCUCCCUGCGACUCCAACCGCUGCAGCAGAGACGCCCGAGGCAGCGCAGAGCAGCAGACCGCACGUCACACACCACCAUUGCAGCAAUGGCGCGCGCCGGCGCUCUCUGCCUGGCGCUGCUGUGCCUCGUAGCCGUGCACUCGGCCGUGGCGCAGAAAUCCACCCCGGCCCCGGCCACCGCACCGGCCGCCACCACCAACCCACCGGCGACCCCGUCCAAGAAGACGCCCGCGCCAGCCGCGGCGCCGCCCACCACCCCCGCCACCCUGGCCCCGGCCGCCGCGCCGCCCACCACCCCUGCCACCCCCGCGCCCGCCGCGACCCCGCCAGCCACCCUGGCUCCCGCCGCGUCGCCGCCCAAGGCGUCCCCUCCCGCACCGGCGCCCAAGGCCAAGGCCACCCCGCCCGCCCCCGCCGCCUCCCCGCCGGUGGCCGAGCUGCCGCCAGCCGCCUCGCCCCCUGCCCCCGCCCCCGCCUCCCCGCCCACCAAGCCCGCCGAGGUCCCCGCGCCCGCGCCGUCCAAGAAGAAGAAGAAGCCCUCCUCGUCCUCCAAGAACAAGAAGAAGAAGUCCAAGGCCCCAGCCCCCGCCCCCGUCGUCGCCGAGGCACCCACCAGCUCCAAGCACUCCAAGGCUAAGGCGCCCUCAGCCAGCGAAGCCGACGCGCCCGGCCCGGUCGGCGACGCCGCCGCCGCCGACACCGCGGCCGCUGGAAGGACCGUGGCAGGCGGAAUCAUGGCAGCGGGCGCGCUGGCGCUGGGCCUCGUCGGCCUGCUCGACUAGGCACGGCACAUCAUGCUGCCUGGGUCCGCCCGCCGUGACGACGACAGAACUCCGACGCGGAAGAUGCAGCCGGUGCGCCGCGCGCGCUCAACUUCCAUGGAUGCCGCCGGCUGACGGUUGUACUCUUGUCCGUUUUUUAACCGGGCCUCGUGUAUGUAGUAGUACUAGUGCAGUCAGUGCCACUCACGUUUUGGGUGCCGGUGCUACGUGCGGACGUACCGCCGCCGCCUCGGAUUCUUUCUACUAUUCUCUUCUUUAAUUUCCUGUACCACUGCCACCUCAUCGAGAUGAUUUAUUUAUAUCUUUAUUCCGCCCAUUGUACA